AUGCUUUCACGUCUCAUCAAAUUUAACGACAAGCCUGAAUUCUACCCAUCCUGGAAAGCAACCUUCAGAUCUGUUAUGAGAGACUUGCAAGUAACACCAGAAGAGGAAAUAGACUUUCUUAUCAAAUUCACUAGUCUGUCAGCUCAACAACAGAUUCUCAGCAUUAAGGCGGCAAGUGCAAACAAUCCUACUCGUGGACUUCAGCGAAUUUGGCAAAGAUUAGAGGAGCGAUUUGGGUGUCCUGAAAUGAUAGAGUCUGCAUUAAAAACGAAACUGAACUCUUUUGUUCCUAUUACGUCAAAAGAAUAUCGACGCCUAUACGACUUGUCUGAUAUUUUGGAUGAAAUCCUAGCAGCAAAAGAAGAUAUUCGUUACCAGUCUUUACUCGCAUACUUUGAUGCAUCGACAGGAGUGACACUUAUCGUCAUGAAACUUCCAUACCAACUUCAAGAAAAAUGGACAAAUACGGCGGUAAAAUACAUCAGUGAUCAUCACGUUGUGUUUCCUCCAUUUCGCGUAUUUGCAAACUUUAUUCGUGAGCAAAGCCGUAUCAAGAAUAAUCCCAGUUUUGCUUAUACAGACAGAAACUUAAGUAUUCAGAAACAAAGUGACAAAACUUUGAAAUAUUCAAGCAGGAAAACAGCUCUGUCUCAAACCCCACAGAUUUCUCAGAGCUCAGGAAAGGAAAAUCAAUGUCCCCUUCAUAAAACAAACCAUUCUAUGGAACAGUGUAGAGGUUUCAGAACAAAAUCAUUUGAUGAACGGCGAAAUAUCUUGAAAGAUAACAAUUUGUGUUUUAGAUGUUGUUCAAAGGAUCACAAACAAGCAGAGUGUCAUUCUGAUGUGCAGUGUGGAGAAUGUAGUAGCAAAUUUCACACAUCACCAUUACAUGUGAAUAGGCCAAAAAUAAAGACUCCAUACCCUUUGAGAAACAAUGGCGGGGAGAAUUUCACUGAGAGACAAGAUUUUGAAAAUGUGAACAACCCAGAUGUGAAUUCUAAAUGUACACAAAUCUGUGGACAAGCAUAUGGAGGAAAAUCUUGUGCUAAAACCAUUCUAGUUCAUGUGUACCUAAAACACUGUCCGCAAAAAUCUGUGAAAAUUUAUGCAGUGAUUGACGACCAGUCAAACAGAACACUUGCUAAACCAAAACUGUUUGAUCUUAUGGACAGUAUUGGAACUACAACAAAUUACCUGUUAACAUCUUGUUCAGGAAAAGUUCAAAGAUCAGGACGUAAAGUGCAUGGAUUAGUGGUAGAGUCAUUAGAUCGACAGAUUUGUAUAGAUAUACCUACCAUCAUUGAGUGUGAUGAAAUCCCUGAAGUCAGAGAGGAAAUUCCUACGCCGGAGGUAGCUCUAUACUAUGAACACUUGCAUGACAUUGCUGAUCAUAUACCACCAAUUGAUCCUAACGCAGAAAUCCUAUUACUGAUAGGAAGAGAUGUAACCAAAGCACAUCACGUCUUGGACCAACGCAUUGGUUUUGGAAAUCAACCAUACGCUCAAAAACUAUCCCUUGAUUGGACUAUCAUUGGUGAAACUUGUUUGGGUAAAACCCACAAACCAGAUGUUAUUAACGUCAUGAAAACUUGUAUUCUACCUGAUGGCCGUCCUACUCUGAUGUUACCCUGCGGCAGUAAUUUAAAGGUCAAGGGAAAAAUCAUCGAUGAAACCUCAAAAAACAUGAUGUGUACAAAAACUGAAAUCGGUGAAAGUGUUUUUCAAAGGACUAAGAGUGAUGAAUAG